GUAACAGGCGUCGCAUCUUUGACAGAUAUCGUGGAUCGUGGCUUUUUUUUUCCUUACCUUGAUCUCCCGUGAUUCUGAUCGCUCCAUUUUGCCGUCCGCCAUUUUAUGAAAUAUCGAUUUUCCCAAAGUGCGAAGGUGAUGAGACGUUUCUGACGCAGUUUUCUUGGUUGUUUCGUUUACACAGUGCUGUGUAGUUAAUUGAAGAGAGCAGUGAGGAGUGCCGUGCCGCAGUGCUGUUCUCAGUUAAACAGUGUGUGCAGUGGUGCGUAUGAUCGCCUCUGGAAGAGACAAAAUUACUGUUAGGAUACAUAAUAUGAAACGAAGUAGUGAUCGGGACACUCCGCCACGAAGCAAACGAUCCAGGUCAAGCAUGGGAAGGUACGACGACAGCUCUGACGAACGUAUCACCCCUGACCGCGUGAGACGCCGCGGAAGUCGCGCUAGGUCUCCCAGCCCGAGGCCUAGAUACGUGUCCCCCCAUCGCGAUGAUUACAUUCGUUCCUCGGAACGCUCGUAUCCGUAUAAAGUCCUUUGUGUCAGCGCCCUGCACCCCAAAGCUAGUGACGAGGUUAUCAAAGACACUUUGUAUCGCGAGUACAAAAAGUACGGUGACCUCAGCAUUCGUAUCGGUCAUGAUAUGGACGAAAGAGUCGCUUAUGUAUGUUUCCGAAACCCUGAAGAUGCGAGAGACGCCAAACAUGGCAAACCGCGAAUAAUCAUUUAUGAUAAAGUAGCUCUAGUUGAGGCUGUGUAUGAAGUAAGUCGUUCCAGUGAUGUCUAUCAUAGGCAAAGGUCUAUAACACCUGACUAUGACCGCCACUAUGCUUAUAGUCGUUCACCAGAACGCUUGAGGGUUUUAGAUCGUUAUGAUAGGGCAUACGGCCCCCCAGCUGCAUUGCCUAUCCAUAGAGAAUAUAGACGUGAAGCUCUUCCAGCACCUCAUCAUGAUUAUCUUGCUCGCCCUCCAAUCCAUCACCCACCCCAAAUUCCUCCAACCCAGGUUUAUGCUCCACCAAGAGCCCCCAGGCAGCCAUUUGAAAGAAAUGAAAACAAAAAAGAUAAGUUUCCGAAUUAUUUACACCAUAUCCAACCUGAAGAAGAUCCAUUAGCCACUCGUACACUCUUUGCUGGUAAUUUAGAAAUAAAUAUUACAGAGGAAGAGCUCCGAAGAAUCUUUGGAAGAUAUGGUAUUGUAGAAGACAUUGAUAUUAAAAGACCCCCUCCAGGUACAGGUAAUGCAUUUGCUUUUGUACGUUUUAAUAACCUGGAUAUGGCCCAUCGUGCCAAAGUUGAACUUUCUGGUCAGUAUAUUGGUAAAUUCCAAUGUAAGAUAGGAUAUGGUAAGGCCACUCCAACCACAAGAAUUUGGGUAGGCGGUUUGGGUCCUUGGACCUCUAUUCCUCAAUUGGAAAGAGAAUUUGAUCGCUUUGGAGCCAUUAAAAAAAUUGAUUAUGUCAAAGGUGAUAACCAAGCAUUGAUUCUGUAUGAUAGUAUAGAUGCUGCACAAGCUGCAGUAAAAGAAAUGAGAGGAUUUCCUUUAGGUGGACCUGAGAGAAGGCUUCGAACUGAUUUUGCAGAUGUCACUCCAGGUGUAGCAUACAGACCCAAACCUCCAUAUGCAUCGGCUGAAGAUUACAGAACUAGAGAAGGAGCAUACAGAGACUAUGAUUAUCCAGAGUAUGCUGAUUAUAGAUAUAGAGAUCCAGCAUAUCCAGAGAGGAGGGCUGGCAGUAGGGGGCCUUACAGAUUCCCAGAAGGAGCUGAAGAUGAAUGGGGUAGAGCUAGAGAUGUAGAAUAUGGCCGUGGUAGGUCCACUUCACGUGGUGUUGAUAGAUCAAGGUCAAGGUCUCCUAGAAGAUCCUUAGAUUCUGAUUCAGACAGUGGAUCAAGAAGAACAGGUCUGCUAGCAUCAAGUCGUACAUUGCCUGAGGUUGCUAGAAAAUGCACCACAUUGUGGCAAGGAGCACUUAUUCUAAAGAACUCCUUGUUCCCAGCAAAGUUCCAUCUCAUUGAUGGAGAUACAGACAUUGUUGAUGGUUUGAUGAAAGAUGAGGAGGGUAAACAUCAACUUCGCAUAACACAGAGAUUAAGACUGGAUCAGCCAAAGUUAGAAGAUGUCCAAAAACGCAUCUCUAGUGCUAGUUCACAUGCAAUUUUCUUGGGAUUAGCUGGGUCAACAGUCUCAGUCAAAAAUGAAGAUACUACAGUACAGACAAGACCACUAAGAAAUCUAGUUUCAUAUUUGAAACAAAAAGAGGCUGCUGGGGUCAUAUCACUGCUUAACAAAGAAACAGAAGCUACUGGAGUAUUAUAUUCUUUCCCACCUUGUCCAUUUUCCACUGAACUGUUGAAACGUACUUGCCCAAAUUUGUCAGAUGAAGCAAUCAAAGAAGAUCACUUGGUGAUAGUUGUGGUACGUGGUGGCACAGCUUAAAUUUUGUCAUUAAAUGUUACAAAAAAGUAUCAUCAAGAUAUUCUAAGCUACUAAUUUUUCCUAGUUAAAUUUUUUUUAUUGCAUUCAAGGAACAUAUAUCAAUAUAUGAUGCAUAUUUUUGUGACUAUCUACGUGUAACACGGAGGUGAUGAUAAUAUCUUUUGAAAUCAUGGACAAAAAUCUGUGUUAAAUUGCAUGAAAUAUUGUGUAAUGUGAUAAUGUGUCUUGCAAAAUGAUCACAAACAUUGCUUCCAAAAGUUUUUUCUAUAUUAAGACUUUUUUUCACAAAUAUUCCAUUAUUUUAGCCAUGCUUAUAUUUUUUCAAAUAUAUCUUGAUAAUACUUUCGAUCAGAAACUAUAUGAAUGCAAAUAUUCAUAAUGUGUUAUAUGCAUAUCUUAUUUUUUUACAUUAAUUAUUGUAAUCUUAUAUAUUCAUGCUUUUUCUUUUAGAACACAUAGGUUUUAAGUAUACUUUUAUUAAGUUCUAAACAGUAACUCUUUUCAGGAAAUUGGUGAUCAACGCUAGAUGUGUAAUCUAUAAUGGUGUUUAUCCUUGUCCAAAAUGGAAAAUGUGAAGUGAUUCUUGAUUUAUUAUUCAGUGAUGUUUACAGUUCUUUCCCAUGCAGUUCAGUUUAUUUUUUAUUUUAAACAUGGUGCAUAGUUGUGUGCAAUGUGAAAGGACUGUAUUGCAAAAACUUUUGUGUAAAGUAGUGCAUAGUGUAGUUUACUGUUCUAAUAACCGGCAAUAUGCAAAGUGAGUUAGUGUAUCUGUGAAUUUACAAUGGUUUUUAUUUAUAUUUUGCUAGGUGAGAAAUGCGAAAUAUAUCUAUUAACCAUCUGGAAAAUUUUGUAGUGAUGUGAAAAUAGAUAACUUUUCCCUAUCAUGUAUUUUUAGUUUAUCCUAGAGUGGGUGUGGUGAGUUACAAAAAAUUGUGGGUGAGAAAAAUGGAAUGUGGAAAAAUGUGACAGACAAAUAUUUAGUUGCAAUGUGUUGUGCUACAAAAUACUAUAAAAUCCUGAAUCAGGUCUGUAAUUUUUUUUAAAUACAAUAGGGCUGAAAGUGAAUUCUGUAUAGUCUUUAUCAUGAUUGUGUCAUUCACAUCCUUUCAUAGUUUUAUAUUGUGUUUGUUUAACUUGAUAUUAUUUCAAUGUGAAUACUGAUAAAGCUUCUAAUUAAUGAUGUGAG